GCGUCUUACCACCAGGCGAAGCGAGAGACGACGACGAUGAACAACCAGCCGCCCUCGGUGACGAACGCGCGCGCGAACGCCGCGCAAUUCUCAUAUUACCCGCCGCCGCCCACGCCGUACACCUACCCCGGCCUCGCUGAGCUCACCGGCAACACGAGCACGGACGCCUUCCUGCGCCAGAUGGUCUCGUACUUCCCGCCCCAAUCGCAAUCCGCGGCGGCACCGGCGCCGGCGCCUGCCCCCGGGCUCGCCGGCGGAACGUCUGCUCCGGUCCCACGUGCACCCGGGCCAUGGCUGGCAGGCGGGCCUCAGGCUGCGGGGGGACAGUGGACUCCACGGGCGACCGAGCUCCUCCAGCAGCUCCGCGGCCUGAGCGCACAAGCCGCGCGACCGACAUACUUCCCGCCGCCGCCGCCGCCGCCUCAGCCAGCACCAGCGCCAGCGCCGCCGACCGACUACCAGGCAUGGCAGACCGCCGCUGACCUAAUGCCCGCACCCGCGUUAACGGCAUCAUCAACCUCGCCCACAGCUGCGCCCGGGCCGGUCCUCGCCGACGCCAUCGACCUGCUCCACCAGAUCCGCUCCGAGCAGCAGAAGCGCGCGCUGGCCGACGCCGCGGAGCUCGCCGCGCGCACCGCGGAGCUGCUCGCCAUCCGCCGGCUACGCAGGCGCGACUCGCUGCGGCCGAGCGGGAGCGCGACGCCGAACGCGCGGAGAGGAGAAGCUGCGCCGCGAGCUCGCCGCCGCUACUGA